ACACACACACACACACACACACACACACACACAGAGCACCGCUCCGCUAAAGAUGUGAAAAUGGCGGAGCUACAAAUGCUUCUGGAAGAGGAGAUUCCAGCAGGACGAAGCGCUCUACUGGACAGUUUCACCAAUUUGGAAAGAGUCGCGGAGUACUGCGAGAGCAACUAUGUCCAGUCUCCAGACAAGCAGAGGGCGCUGGAGGAGACCAAGAACUACACCACCCAGUCUUUGGCCAGCGUAGCCUACCUGAUCAACACACUGGCCAACAAUGUCCUGCAGAUGCUCGACAUCCAGGCGUCACAGCUCCGCCGCAUGGAGUCCUCCAUCAACCACAUCUCACAGACGGUGGACAUCCACAAAGAGAAGGUAGCCCGACGGGAGAUUGGCAUCCUCACCACCAACAAGAACACAUCCCGCACACACAAGAUCAUCGCCCCAGCCAAUCCCGAGAGGCCUGUGCGCUACAUCCGCAAGCCCAUCGACUACAGCAUGCUAGACGACAUGGGCCAUGGAGUCAAGUGGUUGCAAAGGUUUAAGGCCAGCGCUCAGAACAUGAAGGCCGGAGGAGGAGGCGGACUCCCUCGCACCAACCCCCCCACACAGAAGCCCCCCAGCCCGCCCAUGUCAGGGAAAGGGACUCUUGGGCGCCACUCCCCCUAUAGGACGCUUGAGCCAGUGCGUCCACCCGUUGUCCCUAACGACUACGUCUCGAGCCCGACGCGCAACAUGGCGCACCCUCAGCAGAGCCCUGCACGCACUGCAUCCGUUAAUCAGAGGAACCGCACGUACAGCAGUGGGAGCAGCGGAGGCAGCCACCCCAGCAGCAGUCGCAGCAGCAGCCGAGAGAACAGCGGCAGUGGCAGCGUGGGCGUGCCCAUCGCUGUGCCGACCCCAGCCCCGCCCACCGCCUUCCCAGGCCCUGCCCCUUCCAACCCAGCUAAACCUCCCCCCAACACUGCCACCACCCCUGGACCCCCAACCUCCGCCCUAGAUGGCCCCCCACAGGCCCCCAAUCCCCCUGUAGAGAUCCCGCCUGUACCCCCACCCCCUCCCCAGCUCCCUGCCUCUGCAGCCCCCACUGGCACAGGCCCCGCUCCUUACGGAAACCCUGCACAAGGUGCUCCUCAGUUCUACAGCAUGAACCGCCCGGUGCAGCCGCCCCAAAACCAGCAGGUGGGAGGCUCGCUGCCGUACCGCCGACCCUCGUCUGUCACCGGUCAGCCCAACAUGGCCCACAACCAGAGCCAGCUCAACGGUGGGCCACACUUCGCCCAGAACCAAGCCGGCCCGCUCGCGCCCCCUCCCCCCUCCAUGCAGAUCACCCCUCAGCUGCCUCUGAUGGGCUUUGUGGCCCGAGUUCAGGAGACUAUCUCAGACGUGCCGCCCCCACCUCCACCUGCAGAGGAGCCGGUGUUUGAGGAGCCCACACCUCCUCCUCCUCCGCCAGAGGACUAUGAGGACGAUGAGGAUGAAGAAGAGUCGGCGGUGGUGGAGUACAGUGACCCAUACGCCGAGGAGGAUCCGCCAUGGGCCCCACGUACCUACAUGGAGAAAGUGGUGGCGAUCUAUGACUACGCUCGUGACAAGGAGGACGAGCUUUCGUUCCAGGAGGGCGCCAUCAUCUACGUGAUCAAGAAGAAUGACGACGGCUGGUACGAGGGUGUGAUGAACGGGACCACGGGCCUCUUCCCUGGCAACUACGUCGAGUCCAUCAUGCACUACGCCGACUGAACAAUCCCCCCUCUGAGCGGAUGAGGAAGAGGAGCGGGAGUAGCGUUUGAUCGGGAAGGGUAGGGGAGGGAAGGGGAGCCAAGGGUUAAAGGUCAAAGACUUUGAUCAGACAGAGCAUGAUCACCUCUGGGCGAAGAGAGAAAAGAGAGAGACAGGGGUGGGGGGAGAGGAAGAGGAAGCAGUUUUUAAAGAAGUUGCAACAUGACAAACUGAUGCCCAGUCACUCUCUCGACAUAGGCGCCAUUGUAAAGCAACCACUACUCUAGAUAUAUCCUUCCCUGUAAUGUUUCUUUCUUUCUUUAUUUGACUGAGGAGGACUGAAACGGUGAUGGAUUUAUUGUAUUUUGAGAGUUUUGUGUUACACUAUGAGGCCACUACAUUGAUUUUGCUUCAUUUUUUUUGUUUUGUUUUACCAAUUUGCCCUUAUUUUAAACAAUAUUUAUUUGGAUUUUGUGGUGGGAUAAAAAUGGUGAGCAGGUAGACGGGGCUGCUGAGAGGGAUUUCCACAUGGCAGCCUCGGAGAAAGGGCUGGAGGAGAAUGCCUUCAUGUGUAGAUUUUCUCCUUAACACUCCAGAGACAUUCUAGAGAAAAAUACUCCUCUCUAUAUAUAUAAAGUAUAAUGCAACAACAAUAUCCUCAGUGGGGGGAAAAAAAACAGUAGUUUCCGUACUUGACAAGGUAUUUGGUUAGGUACCUCAGCAGGGAGUGUGCCAAAGCUGACAUUCACUAGGAUAAGCACAUCAAAUGUCUUAAGGUGACACACGCGAAGCUAGAUAAAGUGGGUCAGAAAAGACGUCUGAAAGCAACCGGAAAGAGUGCUUUAAGCUCAGAUUUUUGCUUAUUAUUUCAGUUAAUUUGAUCUGAAAAGUUUUUCGCCACGCAAACUGGAAAGGGGCAACUUCUAGUCACUACACGCUUCACUUUUCUGGCCAGUGUGCAUUUUUCGGGUGGAAGGAAACGUCAUCCAGCCCUCAACUAAGAGAGGAAAAAGCGAGAACCUCAACUGCACAAUGACCUGGAUUUUGAAGUCUUACUCUGCAGCUCCUGUCGUGAAAAAUAGAAGUAUAUUAGCUCGACUGACAAGGCUAAUCAUUUGCAGUGUUCAUAUGCAUUUGAGACGAAGACAUUUUUUUAAUUUUUGGCGUUUUACUUAGGGGUCCAGAAUUGAGUUUUGCUUGCAGAGCGGCAGACUGCAUGUUUCGACAAGGAAGGAAAAAAAUAAUUUCUUUUCUGCUCUACUGAUGAUUAAUGUCUUAAUAUUUUUAGAUAUGGUGUGGUUUGGUUUUUGAUAUUCACCCACAAUGACGACGAUGCAUUUAGGUCAUUUCUAAGAUGCUUGUGCCAUAUUGAAGUGUGUGUUGCUGUUCAGAGGUUAUCACUUCAUUUGCAAUAAAUUGGCCAGAGUGGGAUGGAGUGUCAUUGAACUACAAAUUUACUUUUUUAUUUCUUUUUUCCCCCAAAUUGUUUUAAAUCAAAAGCACAUACAUUUGUAGUAAAAAGGUGUAGAAGAAGAAAUAAUAUAAAUGUGAGAUGUAUUAUGUCCUUUAAAACAGGACUUAUUGAAUAUGAAAAGAAGCCAGCUGUUGUGUUGAAAUGGUUUUAACCGUCGCAAGCCCCCCGAUAUUUCUUAACGCCGUCAGUUUAGGCGUCGUUCGUCCUCCGUAAAGUUUCCAAUACGCUUGGCUGUUGGGUGUUUGCAAGGGGCUCAGUGCUUGUACUUAUGUCAGAAUCUUUAUUUUCUAUUAAAAAAAAAAAGAAAUAAUAACAAGUGGGUCUGUAUGUGAGUCUUGCAUGCCAUUGUUCUUAUCUGUACUGGUGUCCCUUCGUGGCGAGAUCACCCAUUCUAAAAAGACAAGCAGCCCUGCAGCUCUGACCAGGUACCACCAGCCUCAUCCAAAGAGACUGUAAAACUUAAUUCAAGCCCACGUCCGAGGAGUCGCUCUCUGACCCGUGGGGGGAGGAAGGGGAAGGGGAGGGACCCGGCUUCCUCCCCUUUCCUACAGUGGCCGUCGUUACAUCAGUGGUGGGAUAAAAAAAAUCAGCUGCUAGUGAAUCCUGCGGACAAAUAAAAACCCAACAGGCCUGGAGGUGAAUGAUGACAAAUGUAACACUCGAGCUAGACUUUCAUAACACUCAUAGGGUGACACUAAAAUAAAAAAUACACUAAGGCCCUCUGGUCUGCAGGAUUCACAGCUCCCUGGAGUCACAGACGUCCCUCGGGAUGUCGAGUUUAACAGUCCAUAAUGCCAUUGUGUUGCACAGUUAAAGUUGAAUUGCAGAAGUAUCAUAUUUGUAAAAUCAUGAGAACAAAGACAAUAAAAUUAUUAAGAUUUA